AUCGUUCUUUUAGUCUGCAUUAUUGUGUGUUAUUUUUUUUUUUUAUUUUUCAAGUCAGUCUGGACAAACUGUCGUGUAUUCAAUGUUGUUUAACCAAGUGUUUGAUAGCUCAAUAGAAUAUGUUUAUUUAAUUUACUAUUACACAGCUGAAUGUUAAUCAAGUUUUGUGAAAAGUUUUAGAAUUUUUAUUAAAUCUUUCAUUUAAUUAUUUCUUAAGGAAAACCAAAAAAUAAUAAUAAAUUUAAAUGCUGAACAUAUUUUAAUAUUACAACAUGAAAAUAUGACUUUUCAAGUGAUGUGUUUCAUCAAGAUUAAAAUACUUCUUAUCAGAGCAAUUUUUUUGACAAGGAAAAUGAUCAUUUAAAAAGUCUAUGACACUGUAUGACACAAAUGAUUGAUUACUAUUAAAUAGUAAUAUUAUCGGUAUUUAAUCUGAUGAUAAUUUUAUAAGGAAAAAAUACCAAGUUUCAUUAAAGCAGAUGAUGAAAAAUUUUUUUAUUUACCGGAUGAUUUAAAAAUUGGAAUUUCAAGUUCUUCCUACCAAACUGAGGGGGCAUGGAAUUUAUCUGAUAAAUCACCAAGCAUUUGGGAUGUAUAUACUCAUAGCAACAUCGACAUGAUACAAGAUAAAAGUAAUGGUGAUAUUGCAGCAGACACUUAUCAUAAAUACAAAGAAGAUAUUCAACUUAUGAAAAAAGCUGGUUUUAAUCAUUUUCGAUUAUCAUUGAGCUGGGCGAGAAUAUUACCAACUGGAUUUGCUGAUAAAGUAAGUCAAGAUGGAGUACAAUAUUACAAAAAUGUUCUUGACGAAUUACAUGCAAAUAAUAUUGAACCAAUUGUAACAAUAUAUCACUUUGAUCAUCCUGAUGCACUUGAAAAAGUAUCAGGAUGGUUAAAUGAAACAAUGGUUGAGGCAUUUGCUGACUAUGCAAGAUUUGUUUUUAGUGAAUUUGGUUCUAGAGUUAAAGUUUGGACAACAAUUAAUGCACCAACUUUUCUUUGUAAUUACGGCUACGGAAGUGGAACUUCUGCACCAGGUUUACAAAUGCCGGGAGUUGGUCCAUAUAUUUGUGUUCAUAAUAUGUUAAAAGCUCAUGCCCGAGCAUAUCGAAUUUACGAUGAAGAAUUUCGUAAAACACAGCAUGGACAAGUUGGAGUUGUUGUAAGUUGUGGUCAUUUUUUUCCAAUUAAUAAAAAUGAUACAGAAAGUCCAGAUAUAGCAUAUCAAUAUGAGUGUGGAUGGUUUGCACAUCCUGUAUUUUCAAAUAAAGGAGAUUAUCCAUCAAUAAUGAGAAAAAGAAUUGAUGAAAAUAGUAAAUUACAAGGUUAUCCAAAAUCUAGACUUCCUGUGUUUUCAUCUGAGUGGAUUAAAUAUAUUAGAGGAACUUAUGAUUAUCUUGGAUUAAAUCAUUACUCAUCAAACAUGGUAGAUAGUGUUGAAAAAGAUGAACAAACAGGAUGGUAUGAUGACAGUGGUAUUAUUCAAAGUGUUAAUGAUUCUUGGCCAAGUAUUGGAAGUGGUAUGAAGACAGUACCACAUGGUUUUAGUGGAUUAUUGAGAAAAAUAAAAGAAGAAUAUAAUAAUCCAAUUGUUUAUGUUAUGGAAAAUGGUGUUGCUGACUAUGGUCAUAAAUUAAAUAUCAUAGAUUUUGAAAGAGUUAAUUUUUAUUAUUCUUAUAUGAAAGAAAUGAUAUUGGCUAUUACACGUGAUGGAUGUAAUGUUAAAAAAUAUACAAUUUGGAGUUUUUUAGAUAGUUUUGAGUGGGGUAGAGGAUACACAGAAAGGUAUGGAAUUGUUUACGUAAAUUUUACUGAUCCAAAUCGAUCGAGAACACCACGACAGUCUUAUUAUUGGUUGAAAUAUAUUAACAACAAAAGAAAUCUGUUGUCUCUGGAAGAAUUUAAUAAUCAAUAAAUUUUUUAUAUUAAUGAUAUUAUUGUCAUAUUGAAAUGUAAUCUGUCAUGUUUUUUUUUUUUUAAGAUCAUCGUUGUACCAAGAUUAAGAUGUUUUUUUUUAUUGAAAUUUUUUAUCACUUUGAACAAAAGAAAGAUCGUAUUUUUAUGUCUAGAUAUAACAUAGAUUUAUCAUCAAUUGAUACUCGCGAAAUUUGUUUAUCGCAUUGAAAA